CGCGAAGGCCGCGAGGCUGCCGCCCGCCGCCCUUGCUGCGUGUGUAGGCUCUGGGCUGCGUGUGCGCGUGUGUCCACGCGAGCGAGGGAGCGAGGAGAAGGCGCGCGGGCGCGGAGGCGGCAUCCUCCUGCUGCUGCUGCUCCUCGUCUCCCCUCGGCCGGAGUCCCCUGUCAGGCGGAAGGCGAGGCGAGGCGGGCGCCGGGGCCCGCCGCGGGGCAUGGAGAGCCUGCUGGAGAACCCGGUGCGCGCCGUGCUCUACCUGAAGGAGCUCACCGCCAUCGUGCAGAACCAGCAGAGCCUCAUCCACACGCAGCGCCAGCGCAUCGACGAGCUGGAGAGGCGCCUGGACGAGCUCAGCACCGAGAACCGCAGCCUCCGCCAGCAGCACGCGCUGCCCGAAGAGCCCACGCAGCAGCAGCCCCGGCUCCCCGCUCCGCCGCCGGCUUGCCCACCGGGUCCUCCCCAGGGCCAGCAGCAGCAGCAGCAGCAGCCUUCGCCGCCGCUGCCGCCGCCGCCACCUCCGGAGCAGCCUCGGCAGGAGCAGCUUCAGCACCCGCAACAGCUCCCGGCGCCUCCGCAGCCUUCCAGCAGCAGCAGCAAGCAAGCUCAGGCCAGCCCCAGCGGCAGCCGGACGCCCGCCCCCCACCAGCACCCUCCGCUCCACCACCACCACCACCACCCCGAGAAGGACGGCAGGGAGAAGAGCUGUUGCGCGGUCCUGCUCCAGCACAAACCACCGCCGGCCAUCGCCAAAGGCGUCUUGAGCAGGAGACCAGAGAAUGAGACUGUUUUACACCAGUUCUGCUGCCCCGCAGCUGACGCUGAGCAGAAGUCUUCAUCUGCAGACUCUUCUCCAAGUGACGAUCCCUGCGGCUCAGCCAGCAAGAAACCCGGGUGUGACGCGGAGGACCCGAAGGAGGCCAGCAGACAGGAAGGCAGGUCCGACACCUUGAAGUUAAAAGCCCGGCAUGCGGAGCUGCAGGAAGAGCAGGCGGAUCAGGCUGCGGGGUGCUCCCUUUUGGUGCAGAAGGCCAGCCUCCACCAUACGGGUUCCCCCGUGAGAGGCCAGCGCAGCAAAGGGGCAGCCACAUGUUCCCAUGCCGCCACUUCCGAUUAUGAGCUCUCCCUUGACUUAAAGAAUAAACAGAUCGAAAUGCUAGAGCACAAAUAUGGAGGCCACCUGGUCUCUCGGAGGGCAGCCUGCACCAUCCAGACUGCCUUCCGCCAGUACCAGCUCAGCAAAAACUUUGAGAAGAUACGGAACUCGCUCCUGGAGAGUCGCAUGCCCCGGCGGAUUUCACUGAGGAAAGUCCGAGUCCAGAACUCUGAAAGUUUUUCUGCUGAGAAGGCCCUCAUGGAAGGCUAUAACUUUGUUGGCAUUCCUUUGGUGAGGUCUCCGUCUUUGCCAGCUACCAUAAGCGGGGCCUUGACUGAGCUGGAGGACUCUUUCACCGAGCAAGUCCAGUCUUUGGCCAAGUCUAUAGAUGACGCCCUCAGCACAUGGAGCCUGAAGACGAUGUGUUCCCUUCAAGAUGGCAGCUCCUACCAGAUAAGGGAGACAUUCAGCGCGAUGCAGCCAAACCAAGACUUGGAAGCCGAACUGAAGGAUCAAGAGAAGGAGGAAGGGCUGCUGCCAGAUACGUUGCCAAAGAGCAGCAGCACCCUCAUGAUGGCCUUCCGGGACGUCACCGUCCAGAUUGACAACAAGAACUUCUCCGUCUCCUCAUCUACCUCGGUGUCUAUGGCAAACUGCCUUGCCAACAACACCCAGGCGGGGGUUUCUCAAGCUGCCAAAAUAGAAGAAAUCCCAGAGGAAGCUGGGAAAGAGAACCAAGAGCCUCAAGCUGUCUCCGAGGGGCAGCCUGACUCCGGAAUCCUUCAGAAUAGUCAUACGGCAACUGAGGGGAACGUCAACACCAACGGCUUGGCGGGAGGGGAAGCAGACCAAGAACAAAUGAUGGUGCAGAAGCUGGAGUUCGGCUCCAGCCACGAGGCUGGGCAGAACAAGGGCUCGGAGGCAGAAAAUGUGGACAAUUCAGAGCAGCUGAGCAGCAGCAGCACCUCCACCUCGGCCAAGUCUGCCUCAGAGUUGUCUUCGAAGGAAGCCCUGCAGGCCAUGAUUUUGAGUCUCCCGCGGUAUCACUGUGAAAACCCGGCCAGCUGCAAAUCUCCUACUCUUUCCACGGACACCAUGAGGAAACGGCUCUACCGCAUUGGGCUAAACCUCUUUAACAUAAAUCCAGACAAGGGGAUCCAGUUCCUUAUAUCUCGGGGCUUCAUACCAGACACACCGAUUGGAGUGGCGCAUUUCCUGUUGCAGCGCAAGGGGCUCAGCCGGCAGAUGAUCGGGGAGUUCCUGGGGAACAGCAAGAAACAGUUCAACCGGGAUGUUCUAGACUGUGUAGUAGAUGAGAUGGACUUCUCUGGCAUGGAGCUUGAUGAAGCUUUGCGGAAAUUUCAAGCCCACAUCCGGGUGCAGGGAGAGGCCCAGAAGGUGGAGAGGUUGAUUGAAGCCUUCAGCCAGCGGUACUGCAUGUGUAACCCUGACGUAGUCCAGCAAUUCCAUAACCCAGACACCAUCUUCAUCCUGGCCUUUGCCAUCAUCCUUCUCAACACGGAUAUGUACAGCCCUAACAUCAAACCCGACAGGAAAAUGAUGCUGGAGGACUUUAUUCGGAACCUCAGAGGAGUGGAUGAUGGAGCUGACAUUCCCCGGGACUUGGUGGUGGGAAUUUACGAGAGGAUCCAACAGAGAGAGCUCAAAUCAAAUGAGGAUCAUGUAACCUAUGUCACCAAAGUAGAAAAAUCCAUUGUUGGAAUGAAAACGGUCCUCUCAGUGCCACAUCGCCGGUUAGUUUGCUGCAGCCGACUUUACGAAGUGACAGACGUGAACAAAGUACAGAAGCAAGCUGCUCACCAGAGGGAGGUCUUCCUCUUCAAUGAUUUGCUGGUGAUUCUCAAGCUUUGCCCCAAGAAGAAAAGCUCUUCAACGUACACAUUUUGCAAGUCAGUCGGCCUGUUAGGAAUGCAGUUCCAUCUCUUUGAGAAUGAAUAUUACCCACACGGCAUCACCUUGGUGACUCCCCUUUCAGGCUCAGAGAAGAAACAGGUACUCCAUUUCUGUGCUCUGGGAGCCGAGGAAAUGCAGAAAUUUGUGGAAGACCUAAAAGAGUCAAUAGCAGAGGUGAUGGAGCUAGAACAGAUUCGAAUUGAAUGUAAGGCUCCCAGCGUGGCCCAGACUCCAUGCAGUCAUUCUGUCUGGGAGCUGGAGAAGCAACACGGGACAAAGAACCUUUCCUUAAAGUCCAAUGGAGCUCAGAUGGAAAUACAGUCCAAGCAAGGAUCUCCAACAGCCAAAAGAGAUUUGGGGGAGAAGGUUCCAGACAGCACAGUGGAGGUGUCAAUUCACAACAGGCUUCAAACGUACCAGCACAACUCUGUCCCGGGGCUCGAGAGUGGAAUGCAGCCCAGCACGCAUCCUAACAUGCCGCGGGAGAGGCUGGAGACAGCAUUGGUGCCCUCUUACCCUGCCUCGGCAGGGACACUUGUACAGUGCCAGCAGAUUGUCAAAGUUAUAGUCUUGGACAAGCCGUGCCUCGCUCGCAUGGAGCCGGCCCUCAACCAGACUCUGACACGCUACGUGUCCUCUGAUUCCUGCAGCUCCACCCCCUUGCGUGGUCUAGGCAGCGGGCUCCAAGGGACCCCGGUGAAAAUCAUCCAUCAGCCCCCGCUUCCGCCGCCGCCGCCGCCCUACAACCACCCGCACCAGACCUGUCCCCCCAGCUCCUUGCUUCAGAGGCGCCGGUAUUCCAGCGGCUCACGCAGUCUAGUGUAGCAGCUCCACCAGCACUAGCCAAACAGCACAGACUUAACCAUGGGACCCUUUUUCGGUCUUCAAAGAAAAAUCUAGUUUGUGAUUUAUUUUUUAGUAAAACUGAAAAAAAAAACGAGAGAGGGGGUCGGGGAGAGGCAUGCGAGAAAAGCAAAUGAUAAUAAUGAAGGAUAAGUAAACAACAGGUUGUGCAACAAACACGCCGUUAUGGGACUUAAGUUGGUUAUCAUAUCUCCUGGAAUGAUUGAUUCUGUUUGUGAGGGCCAACCUGUGGAAACUGCCUGAGCGUUUCUGAAGAUGUUUCCUGACCAGCCUUCCAUCCAUUCAGCCGUGUACAUUUACCUCCCUUCCAACAAACAUGGCGCUGUUCUGCCACUGUUUCUGACAGGUGUUACUUGGCCUUCUUUGCUCUUUGUUUUCCAUUCCAUUUCCUGUCUCUCUUUCCUUACCUCUUCAGCUUCUUUGUUUCCUCACCAUUCCCAGACCAUUCCCAGGUUUCUGACCAAAAUUGACUUGAGUUCCCUUAUGGGGAGAGCACUGACUUUGAUAGUCUACCUUGUUGGGGCCGAGGAACCGCUGGGGCUGCUGCCGCCGCCACCACUGCAGCUUGCUAAACUGGAGCUGAAAACUUGUGCCACUCAUCACACUUUCUUCUCAUUGCCUUUUGGGGCUGUCUUGUUCUCUCACAGCAAGCUGGUUGGAAGAGGAAAGCCAGAGAGAGAGAGAGAGAGAGGGGAAGGGAAAGUGGAAUUAGGAGACUGUUGUUCCCCACCCACCUCAUGCUACAGCUGAACACAAAGAUGGCCUCACUUUGGAGAUAAAAAAACACCCUUUCUGCAUCGUACUCAGAAAACUUUGCUGGACGCCAUCAGAAAUGCACCACUUGUAAAUACACACCUUUAUGGUUUGAUGUGUAUGGACCCUGCUCACUAAAGGAAGACCUGGGCAGCUCUGGGGAAGUUUGGGUGAAGGCAGAGAAUAGAUCUUGAAAUCUUCCCGACAUGGCCACUUUCUCAGAUUGAUCAUCUUGACAGGCUGAGCCUUCUGCACAUUUUUUUAAAAUUGUGUGUGUGUUUAGUUAUUUACUGUAUUUAUGUCCCGCUUUGCAGCCUGUAGGAGGUCCAUGAGGUAUCUCACGAAACAGAACAGGGUUAAUUUGGCAAAAGGAAGGCUAUCCCCACCCCUCAGAAAUUCCCACUACAGCCCCUCUUUAUAGGCUCUCCACUAACGUUUGUGCUUCCUUCACACAGAAUCUAUCUUUGGUGCACAAACAUUUUGCAGAACCUCAAGUGACUUCGUAUGACACCCCCAGGAAAGGAGGGCAAAGAAGGCAUGGGAGAAGCAGGGUAGCAGCUGCAUCCAUCCCCCUGUCACGCCACGAGUGUCCCUGUUUUAGAGCAGAUUCCAGGUUCUCCUCUGCUUUCAUGUUUCCUUUGGCCUCCCUCUAUCUCAUACGUUAUCCUGAAUCAGCAAUAGAUGUUCACGCAGGCAGGGAAACACAUCAUACAUGUUGAGUCAUGCUUUGGACAUUUCUGUGUGCUCGCAUCGAACUUCUGACCUUAACCUGCCUUAGUGUUUCCAAGAAGAUGAAACGAAAUCCUGUUUGCCGAAAUGGUACGGAGGAGAGGCAAGGAGCAACUCAUUAUCCAAAGCCUCUUUUGUUUUGCUUUUAUGAACAUGUAAACAAAUCAUAUUGUAGUGAAUUAAGGGUUUGUUUAUUGCUAAUUAUUUGUAUCCCACCUUUCAGAGCAGGCUCUGAUACUGUCUCACUGUAGCCAGCCAUGUAAGCACAAACUCAUUAACACCAGGUUGGUCCCUUCGUUCUUUCCUCAUCUCUCUCUCCCCCUGCCCCAAAAUAUGGCAAGGUGGGUGGGGAGUCCCAGAGGGAGGAGAUGAAAGCAGAGCUCAGCUCCUCGCUGUUUCCAGAGAUGCUGACGUGCAGAAAGAUGGUAUUAAAAUGGGCUAUGGCUGUAUUUUUAGAAAAAAUAUCUCCCCGCGCGCAAAGAUGGGGAGGGGGGGAAGUAGUAUUAAUUAGCUUAAGGGCUUUGCUCUUGCUCACUCGUAUUUCCCUGUGAGGCUUAAGAAGAUCAACUUUAGGAUUUGGAAAUAGGGCAGAACAAGUUCUAAGUCUCUUAUUUAUUUAUUUUUAAAGACUGUGUGCGUAUGUGUGUGUGAGAGAGAAAGAAAGAGAGCUUUGGGUUUUCACUUCUCAUGUGUGGCAGAAACACAGGAGUCAGCAGUUUUGAUGGCAAGGCUGGAGCCCUGCUGCAGCAGAGAGGCACCCACGUAGCACCAUCGAGUUAGAGCUACAGUGCGACGUUAUGUCAAGAGGUUGCUUUCAGCACACUUGCUGCUUUGGGCAUUAUGAGGCUUAUUCACAUGAGGAGGGCCUGAGGAAUAAGGCAAUGCCUUCUAUACCUGGUUUUAUGGCCCAGUGGUGGUUCUUUAACACA